CUCAGCGCCGCCCCCCGCCCGCCCGGCGCGGCGGCGUGUUCGCGCCGAGGGCAGCACCGCCGAGAGCCGCUUUUCCCCUUUUUUUCCCCUUUCCUUUCCCCCCUCCCUCACCCCUCCCGCCCCGCAGCUGGGGGUGGUUCUCGCCUGCCCGCCCUCCCUCCUCCCCUCCCUCCCUGCCGGCGGGCUGCUCCCUCCCCGUGGGGCGCAGGGAGGCGAGCCCGCCCGCCCGGGAUGCCAUGGCUCCGCCGGGCUCCGCGCUGCCCGCCUGCCUGCUGGGGCUGCUGCUGCUCGUGUGCCGCGGAGAUUUUGGCCGUUCCUCCGAGCUGGCAUUCGUUGUGGAGCCCAGCGAUGACAUAGCCGUGCAGGAGCAACCCCUGAUCCUGUACUGCCAGGUGGAGGGCAUCCAGCCCAUCACCAUCACAUGGAGGAAGAACGGCGCGAUGAUCGUGGACAGUGAGAAUGCCUUCAUGUUGGCCAACGGGUCGCUCUACGUCUCCCGCUUCCAGAGGGUCCGGGGAGACGGCUCUUCGGACGAGGGCGAGUACGAUUGCAUGGCACAGAACCACUACGGGCUGGUCGUGAGCCGGAAGGCCAAGAUCCAGGCAGCAACGAUGUCCGACUUCCACAUCCACCCUCAGAACGCAGUGGUGGAGGAAGGUGGUGUAGCAAGAUUCCAGUGCCAGAUCCAUGGCUUGCCUGAGCCGGUCAUCCUAUGGCAUAAGAACAGCAUGCCGGUCAACACAGACAACGAAAGGUACACACUGCUUCCCAAGGGGGUUCUCCAGAUAACGGGACUGAGAGCAGAAGACAGUGGGAUAUUUCACUGCGUUGCCACCAAUAUCGCUAAUGUGAAGUUCAGCCGGGAGGCCCGACUCACCGUGUCAGGCUCCCACUCCACCGUUUACAAGGACCCCAUGAUUCUCGUGGGGCCGGAGAACCUCACGCUGACAGUGCACCAGACGGCAGUGCUGGAGUGCAUCGCCACGGGCAACCCCCGGCCCAUCGUCUCCUGGAGCCGCCUCGAUGGUCGCCCAAUUGGUGUGGAGGGGAUCCAGGUGCUGGGGACAGGAAACCUCAUGAUCUCAGACCUCACCGUGCAGCACUCUGGAAUCUACGUGUGCGCCGCCAACAAACCCGGCACCCGCGUGCGCAGGACGGCCCAGGGCAGCCUCGUGGUACAAGCCCCUGCAGAGUUUGUGCAGCAUCCUCAGUCCAUUUCCAGGCCAGUGGGGACCACUGCCAUCUUCACGUGUGUGGCCCAAGGGGAACCCCCUCCCCAGAUCACUUGGCUGAGGAACGGGCAGAUCCUGGAGACCAGCGACCACAUCAAGCUGAAGAAUAACAACAGCACUCUGUCCAUCUACGGGAUCAACCAGACGGACGAGGCCAUCUACCAGUGCCUGGCGGAGAACAGCGCGGGCUCCACGCAGGCCAGCGCCCGCCUCACCGUGCUCUGGGCCGACGGGCUGCCCAGCCCCCCACAGGCCGUCAGGGCCGAGACCGUCUCUGCCACCACCAUCCAGGUGUCCUGGGAGAAGCCCCUGCAGAACACCAAGGAGAUCAUCGGCUACGUGCUGCACAUUCGGAAAGCUGCAGAUCCCGUCGAGAUGGAGUACCAGGAGGCUGUUAGCAAGAGCACCUUCCAGCAGCUGGUGACUGAUUUGCAGCCCUCGACCAGCUACAGCUUUUAUAUAAAGGCUUACACCUCCCGGGGUGCCAGCAAAGCCUCAGAAGUCACGGUGGUGAGCACGCUGGGGGAAGUCCCAGCCAUGCCAUCCCUCUUUAUUAAAGUCAUUAACAGCACCGCCGUGCAGGCGACGUGGGAGCCCUCCAUCAAACUGGGCCAGCACGAAGGCUUCAAGCUGUACUACCGCAAGGUCCACCUGGCCCAGUACACAGGCCCAGUGCUACUGGCCAGCAACGUCACAGCCUACAACAUUACCCACCUGGACGCGUCGGUGGUGUACGAGGUCAAGCUCCUCGCCUACAACCAGCACGGGGAUGGAGACUCCACUGUCCGCUUCGUGUCCCUGAGGGAAACCGUGGAGAGGACAGUAUUGAAUCCCCCCUGUGACUGCAUGAAGGACGAGCAGAACAAUAAAACCUCCACGACCGGCAUCAUCAUCGGGAUCCACAUCGGCGUCACCUGCAUCAUAUUCUGCAUCCUCUUCCUCAUGUUCGGGUACCGAGGAAGGCUGCUGAUGUGCAAAAACGUGCAGGAGCAGCUCUCAACCCCACAGAUCCCCAGGAGCCAGCGGAGCGCCGCAAGCCUUGUCCUGAACGGGGCUGCUCGCAGGGACAGGGACGACCGGGACUUGAACGGAAAGCAGCUGGAUAUGAACGAGCUGGAGAGGUUAUUCCCAGCAUCCCCAUCCCAGGAGCAGCAGGAUAAGGGAAUGACGUCGGCUCACAGCCCGCCGGCCCCCCACGACGACACCCAGAUCUCCACACUCCCUCUGGACGAGUUCAGCAUCAUCGAGGAGCAGCCAGACCCCCUCCCAAAACCCUCCCGUGGCAGCAGCCCCUCUGCUCCAGCUCCCGACCACGGUCCCGCCAAUGAAGGAUAAAACUGCCAAGACUCAAAGCCUCUUGUGGGAGUUACCAGAAACCAAACCCGCGGCUGGUGAUGUCUUUACGAGUUGUCAAUCUCAGGUCAAUUGAAGAUUUCUACGGUCUGAUUGUUAUUUUUUUGUUUUGCUUUAUUUUUAUAUAUAUAUAUAAAUAUAUAUAUAUGUAUACAGCCUUUUGGAAACUCUGUGAAGUUUUAUCUUUCUGACCUCUCCUUCGAGCCUCUCGGUGUGUUUCUUCCGAUGGCGGCUUCGCGGAGACUGGUCACGAUGAAUUUUCCCCUCAGCUGCUAAGUAACAGACUCCUUGGCAGAGUUUGACAAACUCUCCCGUCUCUGACAGACUGGGAAUAUGGUGGAGCAUCUCCUGGCAUCCCAGACUUUUUCCUGAUCAGCAGCUUUAGGACUACUUUUUGGAUCUAUUUUUUAUUUCCAGAAGACUGGAUUUGGAGAAAUCCUUCUAACUUGACUCCAAAAAUCGAGGCCCAGGAAGGCUGUCUCUCCGUGGAUUUGAUGACUUUGUACACUUUUGCUAUUUCUCAGGAUACUUUUUUUGCUGAUUGACUCUAAAUAAUAUGAAAAAAAAAAAGGCAGAAAAAUAAAAAAAAAAGAGUGUGUGUGUCAAAGGAUGCCUGAGGGCUACUGAAAGACUUGGACAGACAACCCGAGUGAACUCAGAACCUACCUCAACCGGAAUGAAUGUCUUCUGGGAAGCAGAAAUGCCUGCGUCUUCCUUCGUGUUCAAAAAGCAAGUAGCAUAGCACUUGGUCAGUACAAGCAUGGUCCUACCUCAGCAGUCACGCUCUGUACCUGCCGCCCCGGCGGCUUCGUCGUCGUCGUUCCCGUGUAAAGCACUUCCAAACCUUUGAAAGCAAUGUUCUACCUCAAGCAUGAGAGAAGCUCGUGUGUGAGUGUGAGUGUGAGAGUGUGUGUGUGUGUCUGUGUGUGUGUGUGUGUGUGUGUCCUCUCCUCUCCCCCAGUUCCUGCCUCUCCCACCCUGCCCCUCACGAAGCGCGAUGCUUCACUAGUGUUAUGAGCUUUACUUUUAGGGGCUCCGGUGUGAUUUUGGAGAUUCCUGUCGUGGUUUUUUUACUUUAAAGAUUGUUGGGGCUGUCACAGACAAGCAGUGUGGUGCUCUCUGGUUUUCCCUGGCAUUGCUGCCCUCCCAGGGCUGAUUUGGGUGCUGGUGGUGGCUGCCUCAGUCCAUCUUGGGUGUAUAGAGAUGGGGUGCUCAGCUACCAGCACUGGAGCCAGGGCACCUUCCUGCCCUGUCACUGUGCUGAUUCCCGGCAGGAUGAUUUAUGGCACGUGCCAGCAUAAGCACCAUAACACACCCCUGGGGGGUGGCAACCUGGAUGUCAACAUCUAGUCCCAAAGCCCACCCUGCCGUAGGAGCGCCCACGGGCAAACAAACCCUGAGACAGUACUUCCAGAACCCCCUGAGAGGCUACUGAGCUGCUCCCAGCUCUUCCAGCGCAUUUCCUGCCACAGGAGAACAUCCAAAGGAUGAGUGGAGCCAAAAAGGGCUCAGUUCCCUGGGCAGGACAAGGCGAGGAGGAUGCUGGGGGCUGCCGGCAGCUGCCCCUUCCCGAUGCCCAGGGUGGGCAGAGGAGCUCCUGACACCAAAGAGAGGGUUUGUCCCUCCAGGGAUCAACCACCAAACUGCCACUGUGGGGUUUGGGUUGUCCUGGCGUGGUGCAGCCUUGUGAGUCGGUGUGUGACCGGCAUCAUCCGUGGGGUGAGAUGGGGGCAGGGACAGUGCCUGUUCCCUGCCACGUGGGUUGGUUCAAUCCAGGCGAAUGUGAAGGUUUGAACUCUCUGUGUAAGUGGUGGUAAAUCAAAUGUUGCCGUAUCUGCAAGGACAGUGAAAGGAAUCAGGAAAGGAAAUGAGUUUUAAGUUUAAAAAAAGGUAUUAAUUGUAUUUUUUUAAAUGGUACCAGUGGGAGAGUCCCUUGUGUGAGAAACAUCCCCAUCACUUGCCCAGCUGGCAGUGGGAUGCUGCCCAUGGCCAUGCAAAUAAUCCCACACACAGGAGGAUGAGCAAACGCCUCUUCCCUGUGCUGGGCCGGGUUAGCUGGGAGCAGGACUCUGCCCUUCCACAUCAUCCACCUUGGCCCUAGCAGAUUGAAUGGCACCAACCUCGAGAGCAAGGAGCUCUUGAGGCUUGGUGUUCCUAGCCCCCUCCCAUUAAAAUUCCUGUUGACAUCAGGCAGGACAAAAAAGAUGUGAAGGGUUAAACUUUGGCGUUAAGCCCCCAAACAGCCUCUCCCCACCCCACCAAAGAGGCUAGAUGGGCCAUCAGACCGAUCCCUGCUCCCAAGGACAUGGGGGGAUGUUCCCUUUUGUGAGCUGGACCUGGAGACAGCCUGGGAAGGGACUGUGGGGGGACAGCGCCAUGUGAGUCCGACAGCACAGCCCAUCGCAGGAGAUGGAGGAUGGAAAGGGCAGGAGGGAGGAGGAGACACCAAACAGUUCAAGUUAUAACCUCAUAUCAAAGACAACCCGAUCCUCUCCUGCCAUCCCACUCCCACCCCAGCCCAGCUUUUCUUGUUAUUGUUUUUUUUGGUGUGUGUAACGUCACCGUUCACAUUGAAUAAGUACCGUUGCCAAAGUGAACACAAAACCUAGAGUAGCGUUCAGCUCAGACUUCCUGAAGCUGUGAACAUGCUAUUAAUUUAAUAUCAUAUUAUUGUGAUAUUGUAAUAGUAACAAGUAUUUGUCACUACUUCCUUUUAUUAAAGGGAAAUGCUGUGCCAUUUGACUAGUUGGAAUACGAUAGUAUGUCAAGAGUAGAGCUUUUUCUUUUUUUUUUUUUUUUUUAAUUAUGCAGAAAUGUGGUGGCUUAAACCAAUGCAGAUUCUGUGUUGAUUUGAGACAGUUGAAGAUGGAUGUAAAUCUUUAAAGACUAUUUUUUAGAAGUCUAGCUUUUCCUCUUUUUUGGGGUUUCUUUUCCACUCUUUUCAGUCCAUACCGUUGGGACGUAAUGUAGAUGGUUGCGGCAACUCAGCCCACAAAGGGCUGGGGCUGGUCUGGUGAUCCAUCAGGAGGGCAUGGUCUUCCCUGACUUAUCCAAGUGCACAAAACUGGGCAAAAAGACCACUCAAAAUGGCACGUUCUGGCUUUGUGCCUCUCAGCUGGAGAAGUGACACAUAACAGCCCCUCUUGCUGUACAUCAGCGCCUGAGCCAGGCUGGACACAAAGCUGUGACAACCAAAAACUUGGGAAAGUGUCACUUAGAGUAUGUCUGGCCUUGAAUCUGUGAAAUGAGAAGGAAAAAGAGAACAAAAAAGAGCCUGUGUUUGGUUUCAGCCUGAGGGACAGCCUGUCCUUGAUUCAUCCAAACUGCUGCCCAGAGAUAAAACCGCUGGGUAACGGGCAAGUGUUGGAUCCAGUGCAAACUGCUGGCAACCACCCACGUUUGGGGUAGGAAUCUCAUCCUUUUUUAUUUUUCCAAGCGAAUAGUUCCACUAAUUCAACCCUCUCAGCUGAUCCCAAAAACCCUCUUAUUUUCUGGCUGUGGUGAGAUGAAAUUAUGGGAAGGAAUAAAUAUCCAAAAGCUGAUUUUUUUUUUUUAUUUUUGGUAACCCAUAAUGGGCACAACCUAUUCUUGGAGCUCUCAAGUUGACCAGAGAUGGCUGCUACCUCAGGGAUAGUAUCCACAUUGUCUUUAGUUGAACAGGGAAUAGUUUUAUGCUGUGACAGGGUAUUUUCACACUGUUGGAUUCGGGUAUUUAUUUGUCUACCGUUAUCUUUCUUCUUUCUUGUUUUGUAAAGGUGCUGAAUAUUUAAGUGCUGGUCCAGUUUGGGAGUUUUAAAUCUUCCAGCCCAGAUUAUAACAAGGGACUGUAGAUUUUAAGUUGGCAAUAAAAGAGGAGAGAAGCUACAAAGCAUUGUUGCUUCUGGAUGGUGAAGGGAAGCUGAGUGACAGCACUUAAGUCUGAGAAGAUCAGUUAAAAAAAAGGAAAUUAAAAGCUUAUGAAAACAAACGGGGGGAGCUACUUACUCACUUCAUCUGUGCAAACAGUGUGUGGAAAUCUAUCCCUCCCCGUGCGCGCCGGAGCGGGCAGGUUACAGAUCCCAUCUAGCAACUUGACGCCGGCUCAUUUAUUUCCCUCCCCACCAAAUUAAAAAAAGGGAAAGAAAAGUUGAUGGCCAGUUCCCAGUUGGUGUCCAGUCACUAGCAGUGUCCCCCAGGGAUCAAUGUCAGGCCCAGUCCUGUUUAAUAUCCUUACUGAUGAUCUGGAUGAGGGGAUUGAGUCCACCAUUAGCAAAUUUGCAGAUGACACCAAGAUGGGGGGGGAGUGUCGAUCUGCUGGAAGGCAGGAGGGCUCUGCAGAAGGACCUGGACAGGCUGGAUCCAUGGGCUGAUUCCAACGGUGUGAGGUUCAAUAAGGCCAAGUGCUGGGUCCUGCCCUUGGGCCACAACAACCCCCUGCAGCUCCAGGCUGGGACAGAGGGGCUGGAGAGCAGCCAGGUAGGAAGGGACCUGGGGGUCCCUGAUGGCAGCUGGACAUGAGCCAGCAGUGUGCCCAGGUGGCCAAGAAGGCCAAUGGAUCCUGGCCUGGAUCAGGAACAGUGUGGCAGCAGGACCAGGGAGGUGAUUCUGCCCCUGGACUCAGUGCUGGUGAGGCCACCCCUGGAGUGCUGUGUCCAGUUGUGGGCCCCUCAGUUCAGGAAGGACAUGGAGGGGCUGGAGCAGGUCCAAAGAAGGGCAACAGAGCCGGUGAAGGGACUGGAGCACAAGUGCUGUGAGGAGCAGCUGAGGGAGCUGGGGGGCUCAGCCUGGAGAGGAGGAGGCUCAGGGGAGACCUCAUCACUCUCCAGCUCCCUGACAGGAGGGGGGAGCCAGGUAGGGGUUGGUCUCUUAUCCCAGGAACCAGCAAUAGGACAAGAGGACACAGCCUUGAGAUGUGCCAAGGGAGGUUUAGGUUGGACAUUAGGAAGAAUUUCUUCACAGAAAGGGUGAUUGGGCAUUGGAAUGGGCUGCCCAGGGAGGCAGUGGAGUCACUGUCCCUGGAGGUGUUUAAGGACAGACUGGAUGAGGCAUCAGUGCCAUGGGCUGGGUGACAAGGUGGUGUUGGGUCAGAGGUUGGACUCUAUGAUCUCAGAGGUCUUUUCUGCCCCAGCUGAUUCUGUGAUUCUAUGAAAGGGAAGGUGCCUGGGCUGGAGAUGGGGAUGAGGGAAGAACCAGCACCCCCAGCCAAAAGCACUGCUGGCACAGGGCCAUGGCACUGAAGCCCACUGGGAAUCAGGGAAACAGCUCCAGGUUUACUCCACGGGCAGAGCCUGGGCUUUGGCAUCAUGUGGGAAGAAGGGACAGGGCCAGUGUGAAGCCCAACAAGUCAGGGACAAGCCUAAUUUCACAGGGCUUUGGAUCAGGGUCUGACUUAACAAGUGAAGAGGGAUUUGUACUUUGAUCGUAUUUCCAUCAUUUAAACUUGCAGUAUCUUUACAUUUGUAAGAAAGUCAUAAUAAAACUGAUGCUAAACCUUUGUCCCAGUCCUUUUUGGGAAUCAACUGUUAGGAGUAAUACUAAAAAUCCAAAUUGCAAAGCACUUUUCUACUGUUUAUUUUCUACCUUUCUUACUUUGAACUGUCUUGAUAUUGAAAUCCCACUGAUCCCACGAUUGUUAGCUCUGUAUUAAAAAAAUAAUAAUAAAAUAAAACCCAGGUUUUUUGUAGUUUGCUCUGUUUAGAUUUUAGCCUGUGGCUACUUGUACAAGGAAAAUAAAGCUAGAGUAAAUGA